AUGGAGAAAUCUAUCGUUAAAGGUCUCAGUGACAAACUAUAUGAGAAAAGGAAGGCUACUGCUCUUGAAUUGCAAAAACAAGUUUCACAAUAUGUCAACGAUAACAACUACAGUCAAAUAGAUGAUAUUAUCAAUGAAUUAUGUAGAGAUUAUGCGUAUGCAUUACAUCAACCAAUGGCAAGAACAGCUGGUUUAAUGGGUUUAGCUGCAGUUAGCAUCGCUUUAGGAACAAAUAACGUAACAAGAUAUUUAUCUCAUAUUUUACCUCCUGUAUUAGCUUGUUUUUCCGAUCAAAAUGACCAAGUUCGAUUUUAUGCUUGUGAAAGUUUAUACAAUAUUGCCAAAAUUGCUAAAGGUGAAAUGCUAGUAUAUUUUAAUGAAAUAUUUGAUGUACUAUGCAAAAUCAGUGCUGAUAAUGAGAAUUCAGUCAGGGGCGCAUCCGAAUUAUUAGAUAGAUUGAUAAAAGAUAUUGUAGCUGAGAGAGCUUCUAGUUACAUCAGUGUUGUCAACAAUGAUCCACAGGAUCUACCACCAGCAACCAAAUUAGACAUCGUGACUGGGAAUGUUUACCAAGAGAGGUAUGAGCAAGGCUCAGUAGAUGCCAAUAUAUCCACUGGUGAUACUGUAAACCAAAAUAAUAAGAUAGUAGCAUUUUCAUUACCUAAAUUUAUUCCUUUACUUUCAGAAAGGAUUUAUGCCAUUAAUCCAGAUACAAGAACAUUCUUAGUAGAUUGGAUUAAGGUUCUAUUGAAUAACCCAGACUUAGAGUUGAUUACUUAUCUACCAGCAUUCUUAGGAGGUUUAUUUAGUUUCUUAGAUGAUUCUCAUGAAGACGUUAAAGUUGUGACACAUGAACUACUAAAUCAAUUGUUAAGUGAAGUAGUUAGAAUUUCAAAAAUUCAGAAAAAUAUUAAACAAGAAGAGAAAAUAUUGAGUAUGUCAGAAAGACAAGCAAAGCCUGAUAACUCUAGUGAAAACAACAAAAUAUCAAAAAGCAAUACAGUUACGUCAAAGAAAAUAGAUGGUUCAUUAAUAGCAGAAAAGAAGAAAAGUUUAUUGGAUGCUUUUGGACAAUUAUCAGUUAACAAACAAAGUUCUUCAUCUAUUCUGAAUAAUUAUUCCAGUAAUAUUACUACUAAUAGCUUAGAUUCUAAUACUAUUGACAACAGUAAGUCGCAACAAUUACCUGGUGAUGUUUCAAACAUUAGCAUCUCCACCGGAAUUAGCAAUGACACCAUCAAUAACAACAAUCACAACAACGACGAUAUGAACAAAGAUAAUAUUGAAUUACUGAAAGCAAAUGAACAAAUUCCUUAUUAUUCUCAAUCUAAAAAACCACGUUUUGGUGAAGAAUAUAUUCCUGGACAGGAUAUUCAUAUCGAUUUCUCUAAUAUUAUUGAAAUAUUAAUCAAUAAUUUGAGUUCUUCCGAAUAUGAGGUUAGACUAGUGUCUUUACACUGGAUUGAUUACUUGCUGAAUCUAGCUGCUAGAGAAUUUAUUCCUUAUCUAUCUAAGAUAUUAAGUCUUUUGCUGAAAUUAUUAGGUGAUUCAGAUAAUAAUACAUCAGAAUCAGCAAAUUUAGUAAACUCAAAGUUUAUUGCUCUAUUUAAUGACGAACAUUUUAUGAAGGAUUCGAGUUUGAUUGCAUAUAGUUCCUUGAUGAAUAGUUUGACAUUACAAUUUUUUGAUAGUAAAGUUGAUACUAAAAUAGCAUGUCUUGAUUGGUUGUUGUUAAUUUACAAAAAAUCACCAGACAAAAUCUUAGAACAGAAUGAAAACAUGAUAAUGAUAUUGUUAAAAUCCUUAUCAGAUAACGACACAAGGUUAACAGAAAAAUCCUUAGGAAUAUUAAACACAUUAUGCAUUGACCCGAAAGAUAUUUAUUUGAAACGUUUUUUACAUGAUCUACUGGACUUAUUGAGAAAAGACUCAAAACUCUUUAAGACCAGGGCCAACUACAUUAUAAGACAAAUAUGUACCCGUUUAUCAUCAGAAAGAAUUUACAAAGCUAUUUCAUCGAUUUUGGAUACAGAUGAUGAUAUUGUUUUCAGUAGAAUGAUGAUUCAAAUAUUAAGUGCCAACUUAGUAACAUCUCAAGAGGCAGCUGACCUAAGAAAAAAAUUAAGAUAUGGCGAAGAUACAUAUUUUUUUAACAUUCUGUUCAAGCUAUGGUGUCACAAUCCUGUUUCGGUUUUAUGUUUGUGUUUUGUUGCAGAAAAUUAUGAACUGGCUUAUAAUGUACUACAAUGCUAUGUAAACUAUGAUUUAGGGAUGAGUGAUCUUGUUCAGUUAGAUAUGCUAGUGCAAUUACUGGAAUCACCAGUAUUUACUAGAUUAAGAUUACAACUGUUGGAGCAACAAAAGUUUCCUUACUUGUAUAAAUGCCUAUAUGGUAUUUUGAUGAUCCUGCCACAAUCAAAAGCCUUUGAUAUUUUGAACAGGAGACUAAGCAGUAUAACUAAUUGGGUUUCUCAAAGUAGCUUCAAUAAUACUGUAUAUGGUUCUUCAAGAAAUGGUUCACAUUCAACUAUAGGAACUGAUUCCUCACAGAGAUCAGUUUCCAAAAAUAAAUAUUACAAUCAAGAGUUAUUGGACCAUUUUAAUAAAGUUUUAGAAAAUGAAAGGCCAUCAUUAAAAUUAGAUAAUACAUAUGACGUUAAUAACGAAACAAUUAACGAACAUGAUCUAAAUAUUGGAAGAGUACCUAGUCAAACAGUGAUUGUCAAAAAUGCGGAAAAGAACAUCGAAUAUGACCAACUUAACUAUAAUUCGUCUUAUAAUGAAGAUAAUGAUAACUAUAAUAAUAAUAGUCAAACUUCCGAAUCAACUGAAAAUGAUAUUCCAUCAGUUAUUCAAAAGCCUACUAUUUAA